AUGCGACGUGGAGAAAAACGCGGCACAUCAGCAGUGGCUGAAAGACGAUGUGCGUUAGGAAACUCCGUUGCCGAGCUCGUGUUAACAUGCACGCAUGCAAGUAAAAUUUGGGAUAAGUUAAAUGCACGAUUCGAACGAAGCUUUACCCAGUGUCUGAACAUGUUGAUAGAGGCAUUUUCUCGUGUACAACGUGACGCCAAAGAGGACAGUAGCACAUACGUCGCGAAACUGCAGAAGCUUUUCGUGGAUUUGAAAGACGAAUUGCAGAGGAAAAAUGAAAACGUUUUGUCUGAAAGAAUUUUAAAUGGCCGAAUUCUCUCCUCAUUAGGCAAAGAAUAUGACGAUUUCAAGAAUCUGUGGGACACAGUUCCAUCUGAAAAUCAAAGUCUGAACCUUUUGAUUGAGAAACUGACAACUGAACUGCGUGAUCAAGGUAUGGUUGAAUCAGCUACGUUUGUUGCACGUAGUUGCCCUAAAAAGAAAAUUUAG